CAACCACCAUCCAGCAUGUCUGAACUGUCGCCGGCGCAGCUCGUCGCGCUCGCAAAGACGACCUUGGGGCUGCCCCAGACGUCGCCUGAUCGCGCCGUCCCGCGAGCAUACCUCAACGAACUGAGCAUACACUUGAGUCUGUAUCCGAAUGAGACGAACUUUCGCGUUACGCUCCAGCCCAAUGUGGCAUUGGGGGAAAUAACGUGUCUGCACCCAGCGUGCCAGGCCAAGACCCUGAAGCUCCAACCGCGCUUCAGAGCCCCGGAUGGCGGGCUGAAAGACGGGAUCGGCUCCUUGAGCGUGUAUCGCCGCCAUAUUGAGAAUGACGCGUCGCACAAGACGCGCCGCGGCAAGAAUGAGAUCGUGAAGCGCGAAGUGAUCGACGACUUCGCGCCCGACAACUCUCCCCUUGCCGGAUCCAGCUCCAACCCGAUGCGUCUUAAGGGUGGUGCGCUUAGCCGCGACCCAUCCAAUGCUAGCUUGUCGCGCAAGAAGAGCGUAGGCGCAAAGCCUAAGGGCGGCGUCAAGCCAGAGCCCUCCGAGCCCACCAUUCCCAAGAAACGCGUCACGAACGAUGCCUCUACCAGCGCCAGUGCGCGCAAGGCCGCGACCUCCGCCCCCAAGCGCAUCAAGACCGAGACUAGCUUUGUGUCUCGUCACUCAUCGCCAGAGAACGUUCGCAGCGUCGAGGAUAUCCGCGAAGAAAUCGAGGCCGUGUCCAUCGAGAUCGCCGAGCUGCAGCGCAGCCUGUUCCGCAUGCGCCGCAAGGUCAGGCCGACCAAGGCAGAGCAGACGCGCACCCGCAAGCUCGACUCGAAGCUCAAGGACCUGAACGACAAGAAGGAGCGUCUGAAUGCGUCGCUGCCGACGCUCGCGCCGAGCUCACCUCUGAGGCGCACGAACUCGCACGUGUAUGCCGACCUGUCCUUCAAGCGCCGACCCGUGGACCAGAAGCCGGUUCUCCAAGGCCUGAGCACAAGCGCGAACCCGUUUCCCGGACGCGUCAAGCCAGAGCCCAUCGUCGCCCCCCUGCCGCCCAUCAGACGCUUGCCCGUCAAGCCAGAGCCGAGCUCCUCAAACGUCAAGCUCGAGUCUCCUUUUGCGAAGGUAUCUCGCCCUAAGCCGCGUGCUGCUGUCCGCCGGCGGUCGUCCCCCGUCGCCUCGGGGUCCGAUGUCCACCUCCCGCCAUCCAGCUUGCCGCCCUCGAGCGACUUCGACUACGACAUGGACGUCGACUCGGAUGGGGCCGACGUGAUGCCCGAGACCAUCCUGAACAAGUUUGGCGAGGCGAUCCCCAACAUCGCGCCCGUCGGCGGCUGGGAGAACUUCGACGCCGAGGGCAACUUCCACGGUCGAGGCAGGGACCACUUCCAGGGGCCGCAGGCCAAGGCAGACGACAUCGAGAAGUUCCUCGUCGAGGCAGGCAACUCGGAGCAGUUCGAGGACAACGCGACGGUCGACCAGGCGCAGAAGAAGCUCGGGAUGAAGAACCAGUACCAGCUGCUCGAUGGGAUGCAAGUGCCGCUCAUGGCUCAUCAAGCCAUCGGUGUGGCGUGGAUGGUCGACCGGGAGCGCUCGAAGAUGAAGGGCGGCUGCCUUGCGGAUGAGAUGGGCCUGGGGAAGACCGUGCAGAUGAUUGCGACCAUGGUCUUCAACCGCUCGAAGGACAACAACUGCAAGACGACGCUCAUCGUUGCGCCGGUGGCUCUACUGUCGCAAUGGACGCUCGAGAUUGAGAUGAAGACGGCUUGCGGGUUUGAAUGCGUGAUCUAUCACGGGAGCACGAAGCCGAGGUCGAAGAAGGAGCUCCUCUCUUACGACUUUGUGCUGACGACGUACGGGACGCUGGCAAAUGAAUGGCCCGACUGGGAGAACGAGAUGAAGAAGAAGGAGAAGGCGCUGCGCAAGAAGACCAAGGGCCAGGCUAGCUCCGACGACUUUAUUGUCGACGACAGCGACGACGAGCCGAUGACCAAGAAGAGCAAGGGCAAGAAGAUGACGAAGGGGCUGCUCUUCCAGGUUGACUGGUACCGCGUCGUCCUGGACGAAGGGCAGAACAUCCGCAACCGGCGUACUCGUGUCUCUCGUGCUGUGACUGACCUUCAGUCCGAGUUCCGUUGGGUGCUCUCUGGCACGCCCAUCAUCAAUGGUCUGCAGGACGCAUACGGGAUGUUCCGCUUCCUCAAGGUUCGCCCUUGGUAUGACUUGAAGGAGUUCCAGCAACACAUCGGUCUUCUGGAGCGCAAGAAUCCGCAACUCGCCGUCUCUCGUCUGCAGGCCAUCUUCCGCACCUGCCUCCUCCGCCGCAUGAAGAACACGAAGCUCGACGGCAAACCACUCAUCGAUCUCCCGGAGAAGGUCGUCGAGCUAACGAGGCUGAUCUUCUCCGAGGAGGAGCGGUCGGUGUACACCCAGGUCGAGACAAGGACUCAGAACCAGUUCAACCGGUUCUUGCGUGCGGGGACGGUGCUCAAGAACUACCACCAAGUCCUCGUGCUUCUGCUUCGCCUUCGCCAGUGCUGCGUACACCCUUGCCUCAUCCAGGAGGAUAUGAACGCCUUCGUGUCGGCCAUCGAGGCCGCUGUCGACGACCCCGAGAUUGCGACUGAGCUCAACCGCGCGCUUCGCAAGGAGGGCGCCGAGUUCGUGCAGAAGGUCAAGGAUAAGCGGAAGGAGGUGGCACUCGCGCGCAUGGCGGCUGAGAAGGAGUCCGAGGAUGCCACCGUCGAGCCAGAGGAGUGCCCCAUCUGCUUCGACAACCUUACGGAUGCGGUGAUCACCAAGUGCAUGCAUGUUUACUGUGCUGGAUGCAUCCACGACGUUCUGGCCACGGCCCGCGUCGAGAACGAUGACGAGAAGAAAUACAAGGCGGACGAGCGUCCAUGCCCUUCUUGCCGGGAGCCCAUCUCCAAGGACAGGCUUUACAAGCGUGAAGCUUUCGAGCCUACGGACGACGAGCUCAAUGGCCGUGUCAAGAAGGAGGAGGCCGAAGUGAUUGACAUCGAGGAUUCGUCGGACGAAGAGGAUAACGACGACGAUGAGGACUACAAGGAUCCCAAGGGCAAGGGUAAAGCUAAGGCCUUGCCUCGGCGUCGCUCCACUCGCACCAGGCGCCCCUCCAACAAGAUGCGGAUCGACUCGGAGGACGACGGCUACGGGGCGGACGACAUUGAGUCUGAGCCGGAGUCCAACAGCGACGAUGACGACUACGACGACGACAUGAGUGACUUCGUCGUCGAGGCGGACGAAGACGAGGAGGAGAAGGACCUCCAGCGCGCGCUCAAGCGUCAGGCCAAGUCGCGGGCGAAGGGCAAGGGCCGCGCGAUGGUCGUCGACGACUCCGACGACGAGGUCAUCUAUGGUUUGCCCAAGAGGAAGCCCGCGGCCGCGGCGCAAGGUGAGGGUGAGGAGAAGGCCGAUCUCAUGUCGAGGUUCUUGCCGUCGACGAAGAUGAAGUACAUGAUGGAAGCUCUAGAGCGUCUGUUCAAAGAGAAGCCGGAUGAGAAGGUCAUCCUCGUAUCGCAGUGGACCACUGCUCUCAGCUUGCUCUCCGACUACUUGUCCGAGCGCCACAUCGCCCACGUCAAGUACCAGGGCGACAUGAGCCGCAAUGCUCGUGACGCGGCCGUCCGCGCCUUCAUGGCCAAGGAUAAGGCCAAGGUCAUGCUCAUGUCCCUCAAGUGCGGUGGUGUCGGGCUCAACCUCACUCGCGCCAACAACGUCAUCUCCCUCGACCUCGGGUGGUCGGAGGCGGUGGAGGCGCAGGCUUUCGACCGCGUGCAUCGCCUCGGCCAGACGCGCAAGGUGCGCGUCGAGCGCCUUGUCAUCGACAACACCGUCGAGGACCGCAUCCUCGGGCUGCAGGAGCGCAAGGCCCUGCUUGCGGACGGCGCCCUCGGUGAGGGCAAGGGCAAGAAGAUUGGUCGCUUGUCUGUCAAGGAGCUCGCUAACUUGUUCGGUCUGAACAUGCGCGGCGAGCGCUUGCGUGACGAGGACUAAGUCUAGAGUGCUGGCCUUGCUUGCCUCCCCUUCUUGCUUUCUGCGCUGGUAUUUUCACUCGCGUUGGCUUGCUUGACCAUCUCGCGUGCCCCGGACAGCAUACUUUCUCCCUUCUAAUUUGCUGUGCUUAUUUGUUGAUUACCGGUAGAUGAAUCCUUGCUAUGCUCUUCUUAUCGUAGACAACCCACCUAUUGUGUAUCGUAUUACGCUUUCCUCCCAGGUUGAAUCCAGUCGUCUUGCUCGUUACGU